AUGGCAAAUCCUCAAUGUACCGCUUGUGGCGUCAUUCACCAACGUGGUCAAUGCCGUUAUGACCUUCCCCGGCAGGAAAUUACUCCAGCUAUUUGCUGCGUUGUGUAUUUGACGACCAUUGGUGUAUUGUUCUUUUUUAUUCUCUUCGUUCUAUUUUUUUACAAUCUUGCCGACAAACAACAACUUUGUUACAUAGAGCUUUUUGCCGAUUCCGUCUCCGUCUCAAACGCAAACGUUUCAGCCGCUGAUUGGAGGAUCGGUGUUGUUGCGACGAGUCCAGUCAUCCACCGUAAAAUCUCUCUACAUACACUCAAGUCGCGUUUACUCCGUGGCGAUCAAGUUAUCUCCAACUCAUCAUCAUCUUCUUCAUCGGAGUUUUUCGGAGAGUCUGUCAACGGAAACAAAGCAAACGUCGUUUUCGAGAAGGUGGUGAUGCCGGAAGUUACUGGCGACGUGAUUUGGGAUUUUCGGGUUGAGAUUUUGUCUGCAGUGAGCAUUGAUGUUAAUCAUGGGAACGGCUUUUUGAUGGUGACUUGUCCCGAUAUCUCGGUGAAGUUCACGACGGAUACGACCACGGGGAAUGUGAUGGGAUCGUUGCUAGGAAAUAUAAGACGGUGUGAUUAUAUUUGCCAGCAUAAGUUGGCUUAAUUCAAUCCGAUCAUGAUGAAGUCUAUUUCUUGUAUUUCUUGCAUUAUCUUUGUUUUAUUGCUUGGAUA